UUAGAAUAUUAUAUCAUCUCACACAUAAAUGAUAAAAUUUUCUAUCUCUUGUAAUAGAUAUUAUAAAGUUCGAGAUUCAUUUCUUACAUGAAAAACAGAGAUCAUCUCGUAUGAAAAUAGAUGGUAAAGUAAUCUUGUGGAAUGUGGAGGAAAAUGUGAGUCGGCAAUCCAAAAAUAUACGGAAGAAAAACAAGCGACCUUAUUUGUGGAGAGAGUGUUAAUUCGUUUUCUCCACGACUUGUCAGUUAAAUGUAUAAUAAGAAUUCAAAUGAUUAUAUUACACUUUCCAAACGGUAUUGCUAUUUAAUUACAGGCGCACCAUCAUCCAUACGCAGCACUCACCACGAUCAAAAGGAAUGCACACUCGAACGUUUUCCACAGGAUUUACCAAAAUACGUAGCUUUAAAAGACCUAUUCUCAUCGCAAGACAAAUAUGUUAAACUGACUUUGACAAAUCGCGAGCAACCGUAUGAAUCUUUUUACGAUCUCGGAUUAACUGCAGAUUACAGUUUCAUAGAAGGAAACAAUUGCGAAAACGCAGGGAGAGAAUUUGAUGCAAUGCAGAUAACAAAUUAUAUCGAGCGUGAAUUAAAUACUAUCUAUACGAAAAAUGGAACUAACAUCGAUAGUUCAUGUUUGGAUACCAAACCCUCAUUGCAUAGUUGCGAUGGAGUGCAUAGCUGGAAGAACGAAUGUAGUGUGUAACGACUAGGCAGUUUGAGUUCACAAGCGCAGUGCGCAGGCGGUGCGUUCUCAGAGUCGCGAUCAGGGGCUGCUUGCGUGGCUAAACUUGGCUGAAGCUAUGCACAUACAACAUUUUCUACCGCCAAAUUCCGUCAAGAAAGAGAAUAAACGUAUAGAUCGAAUAGACUGAGGUGAAAACUAAAGAAAGAGAAAGAGAGAAAAUGGCAAAAUUGUGUCAAUCCUGAAACACACACAUACAAUAUGUAUAUCAUGUCAUAAAUAAUAAUAAUAAUAAUAAUAAUAAUAAUAAGAAGAAGAAGAAGACAUUUGCAAUAUAUUCGAGGCGCAAAGAAAUAAAAAAAGUGUGGAGAAUGAAAAGAAAAAAGAAUGAGCGUGCGCAUUCAAGCUUGAGAAUCUAGAGUGCUUAUAACUUUAUGGAGGGGAGCAACGAAAGAGAGAUGUGAGUACGGAGAGGGCAAUAAAGAUGCGUGGGUGGCUGUCAGUGAGCGCAAGAACGCUGCGUAAGACUUUACCACCGUUUUACCGUUCUACUCGACAAGAUAUGUUAUAAGCUAAUUAUAAUAUCUAUAAAAUCUUAUCUGUAUCGGACAAAUCAUUGGUCUUCAACACAAACCUGUGGUUAUCAGAAAAAUAAAAAACAACAUGUGCAAUUUAUGGAAUAUAAAAACCAAAAAACAAGAAAGAUGUGAUAUAGCAUACUUAUCCCAUUUUAUACAAACGUAUUGAAUAUAUGAGAUACCUCUAAUCCCUCUCCUCCUCUCUCCGAUUUUCAUUCCGAUCAUUAUAUAUCAUAAAACAGAAAGAA